CCGCGGCCGCCGCCGCCGCCGCCCGAGCCUCGCGCCGCUCGCCAGUCUCCACUCCACUCCACUCCGAGGCGCGUGGCGGUCGCGCAACGCCUCAGCCGCUGGGUCCAUAACAACACUUUUACUCGAUUUAAAUUCGCAAACCGUGCCCGCGCGGAACUGUCACUUUCGCUCCAGAUCCCCGACCGAUCCCAAUUAUGAUAACAUUGUGAUUCUAACCAGUGAAGUGCGCCCUUAAGCUGAUCUCGGCUACAUCCCAAGAUCUCAAAAUGCCCCAAUGGGCUAGCGCGGAGGGCGGAGGUUCCGAAGCAGAGUCGCCGGUGCAGAUGACGUGUUAUGAAGACGAAUCCUCCGAGUAUUAUGAGAACAAGCCCGACAUAGCUGACAUGAACAUAGAACAAGCUGGUGAGUUUUACGACAGCGGAAGCGGCAGCGAUGAGGUGGUGGUCCGGCGGGGCUGCCGCACUCGGCGGGCGGCGGCCGGCUCCUCCUCAUCCGGCGCUUCUGCGGGCUCCGGCACCGGCCGCCGCCGGCGAUGCGGGGUCUCCGCCCGGGAACGGAAUCUACGACGGUUGGAGAGCAAUGAACGGGAACGCAUGCGAAUGCAUUCACUCAACCGAGCUUUCGAGGACCUGCGGCGGGUAAUUCCUCACGUGAAGAAAGACAACAGAAGCCUAUCCAAAAUAGAAACCUUGACUCUUGCCAAAAAUUACGUUAAGGCUCUCACAAACGCCAUUUGCUCUAUGAGAGGCGAGGUGCCUCGUUACAAUUUCGACAGUGCAGAUGAAAACGUAGAGCCAGUUUUCGUGUUGAGCCGCGACGAGCAGAACAACAACGGGCCGACGGACGAGGCCGAAGAGACGGCGUCGAGCGUCCGGCCCCUCUGACCCCGCGGCCUGAC